UUUGCCUAUUAUGGGUUGGCCAUGGAUUUGCAAAAGUUUGGAAACAUCUACGUGAUGCAGUUGAUAUUUGGAGCUGUGGACUUCCCUGCCAAGCUGCUUGCUCUGACGAUGCUCAGCUACCUUGGACGGCGUAUCACCCAGGCCUCUUGCCUCCUCAUCUCUGCUGUACUCAUCUUUGCCAACAUUUUCAUCUCUCAAGAAUUCCAGACGGCUCGGACGGUGUUGGCAGUUCUUGGGAAAGGUUUCACCUCUUCCUCUUUCACCUGUGUCUACCUGUUCACUGGGGAACUGUACCCCACUGUCCUCAGGUACCGUGGCUAUCUUACGUCAGUCUGCUCUGAUCACUGUCAGUAGUGACACAGUAAUGGGCCUUAGAUAUAACAGCUGAAUAUAAAACUUAGUUUUACAUGAUGAGUGCAGACAA